ACGAAAGUUAAGUUAGUCAGAGAGGCAGCCACACUGCACUACAGAAAAUACAAACUGAGUUCAUCAGAUCUUUCUCAACAACACAGCAGACUCUCUGUCAAACACUGAUAUGGCUGCUGCAAGCUAUCUGCCAUCUGAAGAUCAGUUCCUGUGCUCCAUCUGUCUGGAUGUGUUCACUGAUCCAGUCACCAUACCAUGUGGACACAACUUCUGCAAAACCUGCAUCACUGAACACUGGGAUACAAGUGACAAGUACCUGUGUCCCAUGUGUAAAAAAGAGUUCAACAUAAGACCUGAGCUGCACGUUAACACUUUCAUCUCUGAGAUGGUCGCUCAGUUCAGACAGUCGGCUCAACAGAAAGCCAGCAGCAGCAGCUCAGAGCAACAAGUCUUCAAACCAGCUGAAGUUCCCUGUGACGUCUGCACUGAAACCAAACUGAAGGCCCUGAAGUCCUGCCUGGUGUGUCUGACCUCCUACUGUGAGACUCACCUGGAGCCUCAUCUGACAAUGUCAGGUCUGAAAAGACAUCAGCUGAUCGACCCUGUGGAGAACCUGGAAGACAGGAUGUGUCUGAAGCACGAUAAACCUCUGGAGCUGUUCUGUAAGACCGACCACACAUGUGUCUGCAUGCUCUGCACUGUUUCAGACCACAAGAUGCAUGAUGUGGUUCCUCUCAAAGAAGCAUAUGAAGGGCAGAAGGCAGCGCUGGGAAAGAAAGAGGCUAGAAGUGAGGAAAUGAUCCAGAAGAGACAACUGAAGAUUGAGGAGAUCAAACACUCAGUGGACCUCAGUAAGAAAGACGCAGACAGAGAGAUAGCAGAAGGAGUUCAAGUCUUCACUGCUCUGAAGGAGUCUGUUGAGAGAAACCUGAAUGAGUUAAUCCAAACAAUAGAAGGGAAGCAGAACAUGAGAAUGAAACGGGCUGAAGACUUCAUCAAAGAGCUGGAACAGGAAAUCUCUCAGCUGAAGAAGAGAAGUGCAAAAGUUGAGCAUCUCUCACGGUCUGAAGACCACCUCCACGUUCUCCAGGGUGUCCAGUCCCUAAACAUCCAACACCCAUCACCCACCAAGGACUGGACAAAGGUCAGCAUCCCUCCAUCAUCAUAUGAAGGGACUGUGGUGAGAGCUGUGGUGAGAGCUGUGGUUCAGCUGGAGGAAACACUCAGCCAAGAGAUGAAGAAGCUGCUUGAGGCUGAGCUGAAGAGGGUCCAGAAGUACGCAGUGGAUGUGACUCUUGAUCAUGAUACAGCACAUCCUGAUCUCAUCCUGUCGCACAAUGGAAAACAUGUCUGUGAUGGUGAAGUGAGAAAGAAUCUACCAAACAACCCAGAGAGAUUUUCUUACUGUAAUUGUGUUUUAGGAAAGCAGAGUUUCUCUUCAGGCAUAUUUUACUUUGAGGUUCAAGUUAAAGGAAAGACUGAGUGGGAUUUAGGAGUGGCCAGAGAGUCAAUCAAGAGGAAGGGUGAGAUGACACUGAGCCCUGUAGAUGGUUUCUGGACUAUACAUUUGAGAAAUGGAAAUAAGUACAAUGGCAAUGAUGAUCCGUCAGUCUGUCUCUCUCUGAGGUCUGAGCCUCAGAAGGUGGGGGUGUUUGUGGAUUAUGAGGAGGGUCUGGUCUCCUUUUAUGACGUAGAUGCUGCAGCUCUUAUCUACUCCUUUACUCGCUGCUCCUUCACUGAGAAACUCUACCCAUUCUUCAGUCCUGGACUUCAAUAUGGCCGUAAAAACUCUGCACCUCUGAUCAUCACGCCUGUCAACUAAUCACUCAUCUUAUUUCAUGUAUUGAUUUGUUUUUAUUCAAGGGAACAAACUUCGAUAUUUAGAGUCAAAACUGUAUCAUUUUCAUCACAUUUUCUACAAAAUAAGUUUACUGUGGUGACUGAUUAUCAUAUGGUUUAGAUUCUGUAUACAACACAUAAGUGGAUUCAUUAAUCUACUCAACAAUCAAAUAAUUAUCUCUUCAACACUUUAUCGUAACACAUGGAGAAUAUCUAUAUGAACGUUGGAUAAAGCUACAGAUUUAUUGUAACUAUAGUUAGAAUUGAUGAUAACAUUAAAUGUUUUAUAAUCAAUUGUUUUAAAAAUUCAAUAAAGAGAAAGGCCUUUUAA